ACCACUUUUAGCGAAUCCCAGCUUUUCGGUUUUCUCCCUGCUGUCCGCAGAGCGCAGGAUGGCGAUAACGGAUCUUUUCUUUUUCACUGCCUUUUGCAGAGACAACCCCUCCCUGCUGAAGUCGCAACGCCCCAUGCGUGACGUAGGCUCUUUCGUUGGUGUUGAAAAGCCGUUGCAGUUCUUCAUAGUGCCAUUGAAGACUACUCCGGGAACUACGACACCUCGUCCCGCGGCAGCAGCACCUCUCCGGCCCAGCCAGAGUCCUUCACAAGCGGCAGCAGCACGAUCGGAAGUCCGAUCUCUACCUCAAGCUACCAGAAGUACAGGGUUGACAUGCCCGGCUCCAACAGUGCCUUUAUUCCCACAAUCAAUGCAAUCACGACAAGCCAAGACCUGCAGUGGAUGGUGCAGCCCACUGUCAUCACCUCUAUGUCCAACCCUUACUCCCGCUCCCACCCAUAUGGCCAUCACCUGACCAAUGGUCCCAGUCUGCUUGCGCACAACCCACUGGCUCGGCCUGGGGUCAUCCGCUCUAUCGGGGACACCAGGAGAGGACGCAAGAGGGAUGAACAGCUGACCCCAGAGGAAGAGGAGAAGAGGAGGGUGAGGCGUGAGAGGAAUAAGUUAGCCGCGGCAAAGUGCCGUAACCGUCGGCGGGAGCUCACCGAGAUGCUGCAAGGGGAAACUGAGAAGCUGGAGGAGGAGAAGGCAGACCUGCAGAAAGAGAUCGAGACCCUGCAGAAGGAGAAAGACAAGCUGGAGUUCAUGCUUGUUGCCCACAAUCCCGUGUGCAAGCUGCCCAUCGACGAGCGCCACCAGCCAUCCGGGCAGCAGCAGCAGUGUAAUCCGCUCCCACUCACCAUGCGCACCAACAUGGGCACACGGGCUCAGAUGAACCAAGUGGUGGUGAAGCAGGAGCCCGAGGACGGAGACGAAAAUAUGGGCAAGCUUCACCGCUCAAUCAUCAAGCCCAUUUGUCUGGGAAGCAGCAGCAUCGGUGGCGGGAUGUACAGCCCAGAUGGAGACAGCCUGAACACUCCAGUGGUGGCAGCAUCUACUCCGGCUGCCACACCAAAUGCUCCAAACCUCAUAUUCACCUACCCCAACAUGGUGGAGCCCGAAAGCCCCUCGCCCUCUUCUGAGUCCUGCUCCAAGGCCCACCGGCGCAGCAGCAGCAGCGGCGACCAGUCCUCAGACUCCCUCAACUCACCGACCCUCCUGGCCCUCUGAGCGAGGGCUCGUCUCGGCGCGGCUGAGAAACAAACACUGUGGCUGAAAGCAAACACAAGGAUCGACUGCGCGCCCUCGUCCCCACCCUCCCUCCGGUGUCUUUAAAGACGCAAGAGCACACUGAAAAGUCCAGACCAAGCUGACCAUGUGAGCCGUUUCCCCCCUUUAGAGGGAGACCCACAAGGGCUACGCUGCGUGUUUCUUCUCGUUCUGCUUCAGUGUAAAAAAAAAAAAUUUUUUUUAUCCGUCAAAGUGUGUGCACCGACUCUGAAAAGCAUCAUCCCUUCACCAUUUCAACUCCAGAGUGUCAACGUUUACUGGGCAGACAAUUCUGAAGAAAGACAUGCCUGCAUUUGGCAGCCGUUGGUUGAUGUGAUUACAGCAAGAGAGCGUGUUCUUAAUAUAUAUAUAUUUUUGAAAAUGUUCAAAAAGCCAUGUGUCCGACACUUGCACUCUGCCAAGACGAAUCAAUAAAUAAAUCACUAAACGAGGUCAGCUUUCUACUGGAAGGGGAGAAAGAGACAAUGAGCAAAGACUUCCUCUCAUCUCUUUUUCCACUUCGAUUUGUCCUUUCAGAACUCGAUUCAGGAAAAGAGUGUGUGCACAUUCCUGAUGUUCUUUCCAUCUCUUUAAUUGUAUUUAUGGCCUGUGCUGAUUAAAUUUUACAGUGUUUUGUUAA